UCAAACUGGUUCAACUUCGUAUCAACCUAUGUAUCUAAAAAGAAUCCCAUCAGACAUAGCUUAUUGGCUAAUGACAGCCUUUUAAUUAACUACACUUUGGUCUUUGAACACCCCACACCCCCACGCAGGGCGGUGUCGGGAUGGAGUAAUUUCACCUGUGCAAAUUAUUAAUUAUCUUUAGCCUUUCAAAUUAGAGAGAGAGAGAGAGAGAGGCACAGAGACUGAGAGACUUGAAGAGGGUUAGUUUGGUUGGUAAGAAGAUGCCAAACCCUUUGCAUAACCGCAGCGUACAUAAUCUCACACGCGUCCCAAUUAAGCUCAGAUUUUGACGUGUUCAUGUCUUCCGAGGCGAUUGUACCCGUUGGAAAUGGCGUAAAGGGAUACCCUUUUUCGGUGCCAUUGGCCACCCAUGAAGAUGUUGUCAAGGAUCCAACUCUCUUUUCAAGCACCCUCCGGACCUUCCAUUCUGCUAUGGGUACAAAAUUUAUGAUUCCUGUGAUUGGAGGGAAGGAUUUGAAUCUGCAUGUGUUAUAUGUUGAGGUUACGAAGAGGGGUGGUUACGACCAGGUUGUCACAGACAAGAAAUGGAGGGAAAUCAGCGUCUUCUUUGACUUCUCUCCAACAACUACGAGCGCAUCUUAUGCUUUGAGGAAACAUUAUUUCACUUUGCUUUUCGGUUAUGAACAGGCUUAUUUCUUUAGACAUCAUCGUCCAGUUGUUGAUCCAACAGGGCAUUCCUCCUUCCAAGCCAUUGGAACAAUUGAAGGAAAAUUCGACUGCGGGUACCUGAUAUCUGUAAAACAUGGUGAAGAAAUUCUCAGUGGUGUGCUUUACCAUCCAGGCUCCUCUUCAAUAUCCAUGCAGCAUUGCAAUACUGUAACACCUCACACCACACAGGUUCAUGAUGAGCAUGGAAAGGGGAGACGGAGGCGGCGGAGGAGGAGGAGGCGGGGAGGAGAUCCCAGCAGGCCGAAGCCUAAUCGGAGUGGCUAUAACUUCUUCUUUGCAGAAAAGCAUUCCAUUCUUAAAUCUCUCCAUCCAAAUAGAGAGAGGGAGUUCACAAAGAUGAUCGCUGAAUCAUGGAACAAGCUCACUUCCGAAGAGAGAAUAGUUUACCAAAACCAUGGUUUAAAGGACAGGGAGAGGUACCACAAGGAAAUGGUGGAGUACAAGGAGAGAAUGAAGAUUGAGUAGAAGAUGAUAGAAGCAACAACUCCCAAAUGUGGAUUGUCUUUGAAAACCUAUGAAUCAUGUGGAGUUCUUCCAUAUUUGCUCUGGGGAUACAAGUUUGCCCAUUGUUCAUUGCAAUCACAUUUCCUUUUUAACUCUUUUAGAGUGAGAUGAAUUUAAAGUUAAUUUUCGAAAA